AUGCACCACUGGUCAGAGCAGAUACAAAUUAACCAGCUUAUUUUAGGUAUGGGCGCUGGUUCGUUCUUGGACGAGUAUAUUCUCGGUCGCGAUAUCCCAGAAGCAGUCAGCAUCUGGUGUACAGACCUCAGUUACGAGCUGGAUAAGGCUGAGAUCUGUGGCUACGAUAUCUCGGAUCUCUCGUACCCGCCCUCAGCCACACUCCCGAGGAAUGUCAAGCUGGGCAAGUUGGAUGCACUAUCCGAUUCACCGGAGGAGUACCGGGGUGCAUUCGACGUCGUGCAUCUGCGGCUGUGGAUCUGCGUGAUUCGAGACAACUGCCCGGAUAAGUUGAUUGAGGUCGCUACGGCUAUGCUAAGUGAGUUGAUCUUCUCAUGCAUCAGGUCUGGGCUGAUCGAGUUGCUAGAGCCGGGCGGCUACAUCCAGUGGGAGGAGAUCGGACGAGAUACCAGCUUGGUGACAUCCAGUCCCAUGCAGCGCUUGGAGAACCUCUAUGGCAGACAGCUGGAGAGUGAGAGAAUCGAUCCAAGUCCCAUGGCCUCUCGCCCCGUCAUCGCCAUUGCCGGCUUGGCCUGCGAAACCUCCGCCUUCACCCCCGCACGCACCCACGCGGCCGCCUUCCACCCACGCCGCGGCCACGAAAUCCUCGACGAAUACCCCUUCCUGCGCCCCAACACUCCCCUCGGCGACGCAGCAUCCUGGCAUGGCGCAUUGAUCGGUCACGCACUGCCCGGGGGAGUCGUCGUCCGUGCCGACUUCGAAGCCCUAGCAAUCGAGAUCGUCUCCCGACUCACCCAAAUUGCAGCCUCGACACCGAUCGACGGACUAUGGUUUGACAUCCACGGUGCUAUGGUAGUGGAGGGACUAGACGACGCGGAGUUCGAGCUCCUCGGUCGGAUCCGCAGGGUCGUCGGGCCGCAGUGCGUCGUCUCCGCGUCGAUGGAUCUCCACGGAAACGUGUCGCGCAAUCUGGUCCACCAGACCGAUCUGAUCACCUGUUAUCGCAUGGCACCGCACGAGGAUGAGACGGAGACAAAGGAACGCGCGUGUCGGAACUUGGUGGAUCUGCUGCUUCGUCGGGAUUGCCCACCCAGUGCGACCGUGCGCCCGCGCCCGCUCAAAGCAUGGAUCCCCCUGCCCAUCUUGCUGCCGGGGGAGCAGACUUCCACCCGUGUGGAGCCGGCCAAAGGGUUGUAUGCGCUUGUGCCUGAGGUCCAGGCGGGGGACGGGGUGAUCGACGCGGCGAUCUGGGUGGGCUACGCGUGGGCGGACGAGCCGCGCAACCGCGCGGCGGUCGUCGUGACGGGGUGGGGGGAGGGGGCGGUGGUGGCGGGGGCGCAGCGGCUGGCCGAGUCGUUCUGGGAUGCACAUGCGGAGUUCCACUUCGUUGGGCCCACGGGGUCGUUUGCCGAGUGCAUCGAUGUGGCGCUGGCGUCUGCGCCCGGGGCGCGGCCGUUCUUUAUCUCGGACUCCGGCGACAACCCUACCGCUGGUGGGUCGGGUGAUGUCACCUGGGGGCUGGCUCGAUUGUUGGAGCGACCAGAGUUCCAGGGGCCCGAUGGACCGCUGGUGAUCUAUGCCAGCUUGCCGGGGCCGCAGGCCGUGCGGACCAUGGUGGAUGCAGGGGUGGGUGCCACGGUGACGGUCACGGCGGGGGCGGAGGUGGAUGCCGUCCAUGCAGGGCCGAUCACCUUGACCGGGCGCGUGCAUGCGAUCAAGCAUGGUGACAAGGAUGCCCGGGUCGAGGCUGUGUUGCAGGUCGGCUCGAUGUUUGCGAUCCUGACGCAGCUCCGCAAGCCCUAUCAUCAUGAACGGGAUUUUACUGAUCUGCAGCUGGCCCCUCGGAAGGCCGAUCUAGUAAUUAUCAAAAUCGGAUACUUGGAGCCAGAGUUGUUUGAGAUGGCUGCCGACUGGAUGCUGGCGCUGACUCCAGGGGGUGUCGAUCAAGACCUCGUCCGUUUGGGACACCGCCGCAUUCGUCGUCCUAUGUGGCCUUUUGACACUGUCUUCCCUUCUCCUCCCGAUCUUCGUGCGCGACUUAUUCCUUCUUCGGAUCAGACGCUGUCAGCGCCGGAUGAAUAG